AUGCAAAGGCACAACAACGCCGCUCUGCAGCCGGCCGCCGCGUGCGCGGCCUGCAAGCACCAGAGGAAGAAGUGCCACGACACGUGCCCGCUGGCGCCGUACUUCCCGGCCGACCGGAACCGGGAAUUCCAAGCGGUCCACAAGGUGUUUGGAGUCAGCAACGUGACCAAAAUGGUGAAGAACGUGAGAGAAGAAGACCGGAGAAAGGCUGUGGAUUCUCUAAUAUGGGAAGCCGUGUGCAGGCAAAACGACCCCGUUUUGGGGCCCUAUGGAGAAUACAGAAGGGUUUUGGAAGAGCUUAAAGUGUGUAAAUUAUUGUCUCAAAAUCAAAGCCAAGGCCAAAACCCAUUUGCGGGUUAUAAACCAAUAAUGCCGUGUUUUGGGGGGUGGAACAAUGGCACUAAUUCCACUAAUAAUAAUGGGAAUGGGAUAAUGGGAAUUAAUAUCAAUGGAGGAGUUAAUAGUAGCAAUUUGUUUAAUUACCUUCAUGAUAAUCUUAGUGCCAUUAUUGAUUCCAGUCAUUACAGUAAUUCCUCUACUUAUAAUUUGCAAAGCCCUGAGAAACUCAUCAGAUUGCAGCAGGAUAAAGAGAUUACUUCAAGCGUGGUUGUGCCACUCCAACAGCAAGUACAGCAACAGCAGCAUCCUAAUUUUCACCAGUUGUAUUAA